UCGAGCUUGAAAGUCGUUGAGGGUUUCACGAGUGCGAAUUUACUGCAAAAGGCGGCAAAUCUUUAAGCAGUGUCCUGGUGGUGUUAAUCCGCUGGUGUUGAGUGAUUGCAGUCAAUUGAAUUGCAACUCGUUUUGACGUGGACCAAUCAAUCACACGGCAAAGCAUAUGUAAAAAACGCCUCCACAACUGUAGCUCUUGCUAUACGCUGUUUUGACAGAAGGUGGAAACAGUGAAACGCAGCGUUCUCACACAGUGAAGUGUACGGAGGAAAUAACACGCGAAGCUUGCUUAUAUGGAUUCAUAUCAACGCAUCCUUAGCAAUCCGGCUGCUGCCUAUACGCACUCCGCCGACAUGAGUGGCAUGUCAAAAGAAUCUCUUUAUGGUCAUAUCGAGACUAAUGUUCCUAUCUUUCCUCAUUUACCAUCAGUAAGCACAAGACUGGCAGAAAAUCUACAGGAGACAAGACAAUCGUUUACCUCACAACCGUAUGUAUUCUCUCCACAUUGGCCUUCUCAGACGUCUCAUCGACCUGGCUCGUUUGAACGAUCGCUUAGCUUAGAGCAACAUUCAAACCAUGAGUACAUUUAUAAGCCUCCACACAACGCAAUUUUUCAACCACCAUGCUCACCCUUAUUUCCUCCCACAACGUUAAAUCAAAGCAGCAGUCCAUGCAGCAGCCUCGCGUACCCUGGAAAGAGCGAAUACAAAGCCGGUAGCAGUAAUAUUUACCCAACUGACUCAGACAUGGGGAGACAUCACAUCCACAGCUUCCCAAAUCAUGGCGAUGGAGGUAUGUACUUGUAUCCUAGCUACGAUCCGGCCUAUUCUCAUCAAGCAACGCCAUUUUUGUACCCUCCAAGACCACCACAACAUCAAAUACUUACUUGUGAAUGGAUUGACCCGCAGUACUUUCCAAAAUGUAAACCAUGCGGCAAGCAGUUCUCGAUGAUGCAUGACAUAGUGCGCCAUAUAAACGAUGACCAUGUAAGUCAGAAUGAUUCAUCGCUUCACAUCUGCCAUUGGAAGAAUUGCUCGCGAAAUGGGCUACCGUUUAAAGCAAAAUAUAAACUUGUUAACCAUAUUCGUGUUCACACUGGUGAGAAACCGUUUGCUUGUCCAUUUCGUGGUUGUGGAAAGUUUUUCGCCAGAUCGGAAAAUUUGAAAAUCCACAAACGUACCCACACCGGAGAAAAGCCUUUCGUAUGCGAUUUUCCAAACUGUGAUAGACGUUUUGCCAAUUCCAGCGAUCGCAAGAAGCAUUCUCAUGUACAUACGUCUGAUAAACCGUAUACGUGCAAAAUAAACACGUGUGGAAAGAGCUAUACUCAUCCUAGCUCGUUGAGAAAACACAUGAAACUUCAUGGCGAGGGUGACGAUGAUUCAAAAACAGAGGAUGAUGACUAUCCUUCGCCAAGGAAUUCGCCAUCACCGAGCGAAACGAGGACGAAACCAGUCGUGACAGAGACUACAAGAUCGUCGACAUCAUCAUGGUAUACAACAGUUCAACACUUUCCUCUCUCGCGAUCUACAGGAUUAUAGGACUUAUAUGAAGGACUAUUUGCUUUAAAAACACAGUAAGAUAUAUUUUUGUAAAAAUUUAAUAAUGUUCCUUUAAGCGUAUCCGCAGAAAUGCUCAUGAAUUCAGAUGUUCAUGAGUCACUGGACAUGUAUAUAUAACAGAGUAAAUAUUACAUAUAUUGUCGGGCCCCGCAGAAAAAUGUGAGAUUCAAAUUGUGUAGGAAUUGUAAUAUAUUUAACUUUAUCUAAUGUAUAACUUAGUAGAAAAGAAUCACAGAUUAUAUAUUUUACUUUAA